AAUCAUCACGAUGCCAAGAAGCAGUUUUCGAUUAGCAUAUGUAUCGUAGAUAAUGUCUUAAGUACUUACAAAUUAAGAUGCAGCCCAAGGGAGAAGAAAUCCAUAACAAAUUAAAAAUGCUUUACAAUUAUCCCAGAAUGUAUCUAUAUCCGUACAGCGGUUGUCGGCUGUGUCGGGCUCCUCGUGGUCAGCUCCGGUCCGUCGGUGCGUAUAUAGGGUUUCAGCCCGAACACAAACUCAUUCUCCCCCAGCAGCACCAGGCGCGCUGUCUGUCCGAAUCCCGCCGACUGCUUCUGCAUUUCAUGGGCGGCGGAUUGCUCCGCCUCCUGGCGAGCCAUCUGCAGGGCGGGAUGGAGAUAAUAUGCGGGGAGAUAUCCCUGGGAUAACUGUCCGUAUUGGCGAGCCAAUAGGGCCGCGUACGCCGUGCCGGGAUCAUAGACAAACUGGGCGUCACUAACAGGGAAGCGCCGGCAUAAGCCGAAUAUGAAGACGGACACGAUACCGACGCGCACGGCCGGAGAGAAAUCGAGUUUCAUGACGUCAUUCGGACGGGUAGAGACUGAUGUGCGGAUUUUUAUACGGGGAUCAUGUCGUGCAGGGAGUAUGACCUUUAUCACUACAUGGAGGACAUCCUAAUUUAGUGUACUUAUGACUUUACUGCGCUUUGUGCUUAGUCCUCUUGCGCAGUAUACUUCCCUAGUCUUGUAUGAUACGCAUAACAUUGUCAUAUUUACCGAUAAAAGUUUUGGUCUCCCGAUGCUUAGUAACUUUGCAUGGCAUGUAUCUAUUUGUAUAUUUUGAACGCUAGAAUGGGAAAAAAGAAACUACGAAAGCAUAAGAAACGACAGAUACGUCCGCUUCCGACCGGCACUGUUUGGGUAAAUGAUUGGUCCAGCUUGAACUGCAAUAAUCGACAAUCUUCCACUUUCGCGACAUUGGCCAACAGCGAUUUGACAGCCCAAACCACACCCAAUGCCUUCCAGCAAAUGCCGAACGAGAUACUGGCGGAGGUGUUCCACUGCGUUAACAGUUCCACCCAUGACGACUUCAAACGGGUAUGCGCACGCUGGUACGCCAUUCUUUCCACUCCUCCAUUCGCCACCAACGUCACACUGUAUGCUCUCCCGGACAUCCGUCGCUGCCAACAUCGCGUCGACAUGUGGGACACCUGCUGGAGAGGGCACUGCACGAUCGAGCGCCGCACCAUUCGGCGCCGUUGCGCCCUCACUAAACCCAGCAGCUUGACCUUUCGGGCCUACCCCCGGGACGCCGCUGGCCGUCCACCAGCGCCACUUUACUGCCGAAUGCCCUGUGACCUUUGGGACUGGCUGCCUCACACCCUCACCAAGGUCACCAUGUCGUCCAUCCACGUCCGCUUGGCCAGUCUCGUCCAGCUGGCACGCACCUGUCGGGAGAUCGUCCUGGCCAACGUGGAAGUCGCCGGUAUUACGUCCAUGGAGGAAAGACUGAUGUGGGGUGGGCGGUAUGAGUUGCGCUGGCCGGAUAUCGAGCAGUCAGGGGUGUAUCGGGAUUUCAGCUACCGGCUAGUUGUGCAGCGGGCGGUACUUCCCGGGGAUGGUUUUAUGGAGAGCAUUUGGAAACUGAUUGAGCGAUUAGUGGCCGGGCAGAUGACGGAAAAAACCACUUAUUUGCAGCUGAUACAUGACUGCAUAAUGGAAAACUUGCAGGAAGCUGAUGAAGAUCGGAGGGCCCCCGUGGAUUUGUUUGUCCAAAAGGUCAUCCUUAGUAGGAAUACGGACAUUCCUUCGACACUGCUCGACCAUAUUGACGGCAAUUUUCCAUGGAUCACGCUGACCGCCGCCACAUUGCUGGAGCUGGCUACUGGGCUGAAAAGCCUUUUGCGUAAACCGUUCGAGCCGCUAUAUGUUGUUGUUGGUUGAGUUGUUGUUACAGUUAGUAAAAUGUUAAUAACUGUAAUAUUGUUUAUUAGACGGUUUUUAAAUUAUAAAGUUGAUAAUUAUAAUGUUGUUAAACUGUAAUGGGGAUAAGCAAAUUGACAAAGAAAGAACUAAGAAACUGUAGCGUU